AUGACAUCGAAUAAAUCUCCCCCUCCUAGCCCCCGAGGCAAAGCCAGCGAGGCAGCCGGAGUGUCCAAGACCGGCAAGGGCAAGUCCAAAGGUCCCAUCCCAGCCACUGCAGCGCCACCGCCGCCGUCGUCGUCGCACGCACAACCAUCCAGGGCGCGACGAUUGAGCACUCCGGACUCGGACCCGAUAGUGACCUCUAGAAGGACGAGGAGUCGGGCCCAGGUCGCCGCCGCCGCCACGGCAGACGAAUUCGCCGCGGGCGGCGCUCCACCCAUCGUGUCGCCAAAGUACAAGACGAAGCGCGCGCUCAAGCAGGCCAUCAAGGACGCGCUGGGCCCGGCGUACGUGAGUCCGACUCCAGCGCCUGGCGCAAAAGCUUCGGGGUCGACGAAGACAAAGGCUGCCGAUACCUCGAAGAAGGCGAAGAGUUUGGGAAAACCGACGAAGGUGACGAAGAAGAAGAAGAAGAAGGAGGUGGUGGCGAACGAGGAGGAGGAAAAGAAGAAAAGAAAGACGGACAAGAAGGAGAAGCAGAAGAAGACGGCGACGAGUCCUACCAAGCCGGAGAAGGAAAAUGAACCCCUGCCGCCGCCGGCUGUCAGCAUUCCCGAUGUCAUGCCUGCGGAGCAUUCCCCGUACUGGUCUGAGGACGAGGUCGCCCCUCUUCCUCCUCCGAGGAAGGUCCCAAACAAGCCAAAAGGGACGACAUCCACCCAUGGAGCUGGCCCAGGGAAGACCGUCGAGGGGGAGGUGGAGGUGAAGAAGGAGCCGGACGAGGAGACGCAGGAGAAGCCGGAGACGGAGGAGAAGCAGAAGCAGGAUCUGAAGGACAAGGCUGACACCGACAAAACCGCCACCUCUACUACUCCUAAAACGACAAAAGCUAAGCCAAAGGCCAAGGCCAAGGCUACCAAGAAGAAUACCGAGCCCAAGAUUACGACCGCCUCGACCGCCAUCGCCAGCGCAGCAAAGGUUACCAAGAAGAAGAAGAAGACGUCCGAGAAGAAAGCGGUCCCCGUCAAGAAAGGCGCUGCACAGUCCCAGGAUGGCCCGGCGAGGCGCGUCACGAGAAGCAUGGCCAAGGCGCAGGCCAAGUCGACUUGA